CAACUAUUGCGGGCAUGCGCGCACUGAGCGUGUAAUUAACGACGUCGGUCGUCAUUCUUUUGUUCGAAGUACUAAUUUACAAUUCAAUUCUUUAUUUAUUCAAAUUUCUUUUUCUUUUCCGCCAAUGGAGAGAAACAAGAACAGUGAUGAUGAUCUUUUUGACAGCAAGUACGAGUUACUGGUACGAAUAACGUGUUGCCCAAUAAUACCAUUUGGCCUUCAGGUUUAAAAGGCCUCAYUCUGCUCCAAGUAGUAAAGUAGAAAGAAACGAAAAUUCUUCUGGGAAAAUACUCGAGUCGGUAAAGCCUUGGUUCUGCGACCGAGUGGAAAGGAGCAGGAAAGCAAGCUACUCAGGUGUAACCUUGUAAUUGCUUAUGAUGGUAAUGGGCCGAGGUAAGGUUGUUGUUGCUCAUGACCUGCGAAUAUAUUGUCUCUAGCUAGCAUCGCAUCGUGUUUACAUCAAUGAGUGAGCUUCUUGUGAGUGUGGGCUAGCGCUCACUCACCAUUGAUUCGUGAUUUAGGCUCACAACGCUGGGGGGACCGGGAAAUUCAAUUUUCCGAAAACAUUGAAAUCGUCUAGUUGCAGCGCAUGUCAUCAGGAGACUUCCUAAUAGUACCGUACGGUACGGUACAUACCACACUUUCGUGUUCUGAUGUGAGUGUGUUUGAUGUUUGAUCUGUGUACGGCAGAAAAGCAAAGCGUUACAGAACAGAGCCCAACACGGCACAGCACGGAUCGACGGUGGCGGUAGGACAAUGCCGGAGAGCACUACCGAAACGGUGCCAGAUUUAUUAUUGCCAUUGCCAGGCAAACUACGGGAGGGCCAGCAGAGAUCUUUCGUCGUUGCGACAAAAAGGAGAAAACGUUUUUGGGUGUCCAGCUCAAUUGACCCGCUGCUUUGGCGGCGGCGGUCGUUGGUGGUGGUGGCGGCGGUGCUGCUCCUGCUCCUGCCAAAUUUGAAUCGGCAUUUGCGGUUGCACCUCUUGAUGCUUUCCAUCCCGGUAAUAGGUGCAUCGGCAGCGAAUGCAGCAGGGCCCACGGCCCUAGUGAAGACGGUGGCGAUGGUUCCAAAUCGCCGCGUCUUCGAAUUUCGAGCACAAAGGCUCAGUUGGCGCCAUAUGGUAGCUAGAACUAGAACAUCCUUUGUUGGCACUGGUACCAGCAAUAUCGCUAGUACUAACUCACUUGGAAAUGGUGGCGUAUUGAUUUUAUCACCACCACCAACUACGAGUACAAUUGCAACGACCAACACAAUGAUGUUCUCGGAUCAUUGCCACUACCACCCACAAAACACGAGUGGUCUACGAUCUCGCACCUUCCUCCUUUCCCUUCGUUCACCUAGGUGUGCGAGAACAAGCAGGCAAUCCCAGGACCGGUGCGGUUCGAAGCGCAACCUCCACCGAGAAAACCACGGCGAGGAAACCGAGGACCCGAGGGCGGAGCCAUCACUCUCUCCCAUCCAGAAACCGAUCACCGACAAGCAGCCACCGCAGCAGCCCUUCACGCACGUGCCUCCGGGCUCACAACUACCAACAGAACUCUCAACCCUGGCGGUAUCGAUUCGUGAUCGGGUCCGGAUUUUAUUCGAGCACCACGGCGUGUUUGCUUGCCGAACACAAGGGCAAGGAGGCUGGCAGCAUCACAACAACAUCAGGGAUGGUGUGGAAAGUAUCACCAUUGCUCUCCCAGUAGUCAUCUCGGUUAGCGGUGGGUGCGAUUCGGUGGCCCUGUUUCACGCGCUCCUGGAAUGGAACCGUAGCCUUCAGGGUAUGCAAAAUGCACCUCGAUACGAUCCCCUGGCAACCGGACAAAACCACGGCUACAACCUGGACCUCUCGAUUACGGUGGUGCAUUUUCACCACCGCCAGCGACCGGAGUCCGCAGACUCCGACUGCGAACUCGUCCGGGGUAUGGUUGCUACAGCCACGUCCGACGGAAUGCAGCGCCUUGCCUUCCGGUUGGAGGACUGGAAGAAUGUUACCAUCGAAAGCGACGACUCCUUUUCUUCGUUUUCCCAGGACAGGGCCCGCGUGUGGAGGCGGACCAAGCUGGAGGAGUGCGCUUCGGAACAGCUCCGUCUUCUUCACGAAAGAGCAAGGAGCAGCAGCAGUGGCAAGCGAGACUUCUUCGCCGCCCCCUUUGGAGUGGUGCUUACAGCCCACCACGACGAUGACUCUUACGAGACCGUCCUUAUCAAGCUCCUGCGUGGGGUCCACCUACUGAAUCUCCAUGACAAGGCGACCAUUGCAAGCAUUGCUCCCAUGCCUUCUAGCAGUGUGGGGUUCUGUUCCCAAAAGAACAGUGAUCGAACGGAUGGCCAUUCUGAGAUAGAGAGUUCGAUCUAUCUCGUGCGCCCCUUUGUCACCGAUACCACCCCCUACAAUCACCAACAGGGAAUUCCCCUCCCUGGACACACCAAGGACGAUCUGCUUCGGUAUCUCACCGAACGAAAUCUCCCCUGGAGAGAGGACGAGUCCAAUAAAGAUCCGAAAUACCUGCGCAACCGGGUCCGGAACGAGCUCAUUCCCCUCCUGGCGGAAUUGUCGGAAGACUCGUUUCGGACCAAGCGGCUGCCGGCCCUGCUGGAACAGAGCCGGAACCUGAGCGGGGAAGUGACUCCCAGGGUCGAAAAGUACCUCCAAAACGCUCUGGUGAAGCCCGAGACCGGAACAGCCGGUGUUGACAGAGGUGAAUCGUCGACAUCCCUGUUUUCGAUCAAAGAGUACAGUGACGAUGGAAACGACGGAAGCAAAAGCAGCAGCAGAUGGAUCCGCUCCCAGGCUCUGUAUGAGUGGAUGUCCCGGAGCAUCGCAGAGCAGCUAAAGAAGCGGCAACUUACAAAAGACGAAGGUGCCACGAUAGUUUCAAACCAACCCAACCGCCACGUUCUGUCCUACGAAAGCCUCCAGCGGGUCUUGAAGCAGCUCGAGAUGUAUCCCGAUCGCAACCAAUGGACACUGGAACUCGGGGCGGGGUGGAUCGUACAGCGCAUGGGCGAUGUCUUGAUGGUGCAAGAAGCGGAUGCCGGAGAAGAUCCAUACGAUGCCAGCUUCGAUGAGAACCACCAUCGGAUUGAUUGGGAGUGGUCAUUUGCCACGAGCAGCAACAACGAGAACGAUGCACAGCAGGACAGCGACAAAAACAAACGGUUGCCGGGGGAGGAAGAGGACGAUUCCGAGCAGAUGCUCUUGAUCGGUGUUUCUCGCGAGUUUCUUCAAACAACGGAGAGCGACUUAGAGGGGUUGAGCUUCUUCUCGACCACACUGCGAAUAGCAUCAGCCACUAUGGAUGGUGCCGAUACUGUUGUGCCGAACGACUCAAGCAACAGCGGCAAAAGAAAGGCUCGUGCGCUACGGUUUUCCCCACCCUGGAGGAACUCACCUCUGAAACUUCGGGCGUUUUUGAGGGGGCAAAAGGUCCCGAUGCGCCUGCGAGAUGAAACGCGCCUGCUCUUCGCAGAAUUGCCAAGCGAUCCACCGAAUCCUCCCCGACUUGUGGCCGUCCGCGUCAAAGACAAAUGGAUCGUGAGCAAGGAAUUUCUAGCAGAGAGCAACCCAGAUAAAAAGUGUGAAGCAUUGUCGCCUCCGUUCUCUGCCAUCAUUGGAGCGGAAGACGAACCUCCUUCUUGUGCUGAAAAUAUGGAGAUCGCAACGAUAGCUCUAGCGGUGUAUCCCAAAAACACGUGAAACAAAGUCUCGAGUCAAUGAAGGGCUAUGGUGUGUGCUGGAGGGCUUGAGUCAAACACAGGCUUCGGUGUGUGCUGUCUCUGAUUUAUUCGAGGUCGUCCAACACGAAUAGAUAGAGCGACGCUAACACCAAAAAAUAUUGGGACUUGCACGCGCCACAAUUUAAGCAAUUCCUUUCAAUAGACAUUGAUAGAAAGAAAUAGAUGCCUGGCCGGUGUGUGACAACAAGACGAAAAAGGCGAGAGGGAUGCUAGCAUCGAUCGAAUCAAAUGCAAUGCAAUACAAUACAAUACAAUACAAUAUACAAUUUCGAGGAGACCACAGCACAUCAUUUGUCCAGAACUAUGUGAAUGCUACGGCAUUAUGAUUUAUUAGUUUCUUGCCAUGUCGAGAACUAGUCCCCUCAUUCCUCAGCAUGUUGGUUUUGGAUUAUGUGAGAAUUCCUAUGUGGAACUUUAAUGUGUAGAACUCUUAAUUCAAGAGGAAUAGCACAGCCUAGAAAAUGUCC